AUGGAGAUUGCUCAGAAUUAUAUGGGUCCUGGGGCAACGAAAACAAUGAUUCGAAUAAAUGAAAAUGCAUGCGUUUCUGGAACUAUAAUAGUCAAUCGUGAAGGAUUUCCAGAAACCACAACCCUGGACAGCUUGACGGCAGCCACUUAUUCAACUCACAUGAGAAAUUUAUCUCAUCAUGCGUCUAACGCUCUCAAAGAAAUCGACGUUACUGACGAACUCGUUGUGUUGAGGCUGGUGUCUAAGAAGACCGAGGCGGUUGUUGCUCCUGAUGAUGAGUUCCAUCUCAUCGUGGUCAUGAGACGUCAAGCUAAAUAA